GGCCAGCACACUUCUUUGCAACUGUCCUUAGUAUUUUAGUACGAAUUUUCCCAUGAAGUGCUUGAUUUCCACUUAUUUAAGCGAUAAAUAUUUAUUGAAAUAUAUAAAUUAUUUAGGUUGGUCAUAGAAAGUACAGCAGUAUGCACACUUUAAUAUCUUUUUUUUUGGGAAAUUGAUUCGUUCUGAUCUUGGAGUGCUGUAAUGGAGAACAUAUCUUGAUAUAAUGUUCUCUCAGCUUGCUUGUGUGAUACAGUGAGAAACUUAACCCCUGCAUAUAGUAAGUUAUCUUUUCUAAAGGAUAGUUGGUCAUCCAUGUAGGAAAUGUGCUAUUAUAGAUGACAGAAUCCAUUUCACAUUUCAUCUUCAUAUUUAAUCUUUCAUGUAUAAUAACAAAAUAAAACCACCAAUCAUUUUUAUGAUAAAUUCACUACUUUUAAAAUUAUUAAUCUUGAUCAUCAUACUUUUGUCUGCUAUGGGUGCUAUCUUGUUUUCAGGAAUGCAUAUGCUUACGUUUGACAGUUUUCUACCCAACCUUAUGGAAAACAGUAAUUGCAAGUCACAGUCAGGAAUGUGAAAACAUAAUUGUUUUAAGAAAAAUGUUAGAGGUAUACUUGCCACUUUUGAUGUGUCCGUUUCCUCCAAAUGCUUGAGAAUAAUACAUCUUACUGGCAAGUUGAAGAUACAACUUCCCAUUUCAAAAACCUUUUGCUUCUAUGUGUUCCAUCAUCUUCGUCUCCAUUGCAUAAUUAUUAUUUCAAUCUGGUUCAGCUCUUUCUCAGCCACAUAUCUAUCAGGCAUCCUUCCCCAUUUUGCUACUCUUGCUGCUCUGAACAGUUACUUGAGAUCUCCUAUUGAUUGCUUACCAACCAAAUUUUGUCAUCUUUUAUCUCACAAAGUAAAGUGGAUGAACCCAAGGACCACACACAGUGCCAUAUCGACAAAUUCUUUGUCUCUACGUAAAUAAAACCUUUUCAUGAAUAAGUGCCCGUAAUAACGAGUAAUGGCUUGUAUUUUACAUUCUAAUCCAGCAUGAUCCAUCCAUAUGUGCACACUUCCAUCUCUUUCCAACAGUGUGCCAGUGCGAGUGCUGGUCCUUAUCACUUAGGUAAUGUCUUGUUAGACCGUGUGCACUUGGUUAUAAUUCAUGCAAGUGCAGGACAAGCAUUUGAUCUUGUCCACCAGUUAUUUUUUUGCAUCUUCUUCUGGAAAAGGACUUGUUGUUUUUAAUAAAAAUUGAUGUCUACUUUCAUAUUCUCCAUUACCACAUGAUCAGCAAUAGAAGUAUCUGGUAUGGAUUUUAAUGCUUCAAAAUUAUUCUGUACUUUGAUGGAGAUGGACAACAGGUAAUGGUGAACUUACUAUAAACUUUGUCCCUCUGUUAGUUUCUCUGAUUUCUGCAAUGCAGUGGAAAUGACCUUUUUGAAUUUUGAUUGUUAUGUUUUUGACUUCCACCUUAACUACCUGCAUCUUUCCUUCAUUUAUCUCUCUUCCUUUGGUUGGGUAGUUGGAACAUAUAACUAUAUAAGUUUGCCUUCUGAUGAAGUUAAGAACUGGAGAUAUAUUUGGAGCUGUGUUCAUUGCCUGCCUCAUAGCGUUGCAGAUCAUGGGAUCCCAAAGAGGAAAGCAGUCGGAGAAGUCAUUUUGGCCUUUAAUUGUGAUGAAGAAAUGGCUAAACAUUAAGCCAAAAUUAAAUGAUUUCAGUGAAGAUGAGUUUGAUACAGAUGGAGGAGAUGAGGAUUUCAGUGACUGCGCAGAGGAUGCUAGCGACAACUUCUUUGAGAUACAUGAAAACAACCACACCAUUAACAGAUCAUCAGGGGAUAAAAUAAUGCCUCUGCGAAGACUACAGAGAAGGAAAUCAGAAAGUUUGCGUGUUAACUACAUAAGUAACAAAGAUAUGAGGGUGAUGAUAGGAACAUGGAACGUUGCUGGAAGAGCCCCUAGUGAAGAUCUUGACCUAGAUCAGUGGAUUUGUUCCCAAGAGCCAGCUGACAUGUAUAUUUUAGGUUUCCAGGAAGUGGUCCCAUUAAGCGUUGGGAAUGUCUUGGGAGCAGAAGAUAGUAGAACAGUACCUAAAUGGGAGGGUAUUAUCCGCCGUGCUCUCAAUAAGUCUCAACAACCCAAGGCGAAUUGUAAAAGCUACAGUGCUCCACUAUCACCAUUGCGAGUACCUAUUCCUUCUGACGAUGGACAUGAUGAUACAAAACGUGAAUAUGAUAAAAUGACAGAAAAUUUAUCUCCUCAGCAACAGUGUAGAGAUAAGCAAACAAGUAUAAGUAAGUGCAGCUGUGACUGGUUGGAUGGAACUAGUUCAUUGGACUGGCCAGAAUGCCCACUAGACAUUCCAGCAAAAAUAUCGGUAUCAAAUAGAGGGUUGAGGAGAGUAAUGAGCAUGGGGCUAUUUAACACCGACUAUUUGGAGAACGCUCAAGGAUUUGAUCUACAUGGUGUAGCAUUGCAAGAUGGGAUAAGACGAUCAUAUCGUAGCUCUGGGAAUCUUGGCAUGUCAUGGUCAGAACAGCAAGAGAAGGUAGAUGUUCUUAGUUCGGUUGAUUAUAUGUCUGAUUGGACAUCAGAUGACACAACUUCUGUUGUUGGUCCUGAUGAAAGGGCAACUUUUGCAAAAGGAGAAUCCUUAAAGCCUCCUGGAAAUUACGUGCGCGUUGUUAGUAAACAGAUGGUUGGUAUAUAUGUUUCUGUAUGGGUUUCCCGUAAGCUGAGGCAACACGUUAACAACUUGGAGGUAGCUUCAGUUGGGGUUGGACUUCUGGGCUACAUGGGAAACAAGGGAUCGAUUUCCAUUAGCAUGUCUCUUUUCCAAACUCGGAUGUGCUUUGUCUGCUCACAUCUUGCGUCUGGCCAUAAAUGUGGGGAUCAACAGAAAAGGAACUCUGAUGUGGAUGAGAUUUUACAAAGAACAAGAUUUUCUUCCUUGUUUGCUGCUGGUCAGCCACAAAAGAUUCCUUCACAUGAUCAAAUAUUUUGGUUUGGAGAUCUUAAUUAUCGUAUUGACAUGCCGGAUGCUGAAAUUCGAGAUUUAGUAUCUAUGAAGAGAUGGGAUGAUCUCUUGAAGUCUGAUCAGCUAACAAAGGAGUUGACCAAUGGGAAUACUUUUGCUGGUUGGAAGGAGGGGUUGAUCAACUUUCCGCCUACUUACAAGUAUGAAACAAAUUCAAGUAAAUAUGUUGGGGAGAAACCUGACGAAGUGGGGAAUAAAAGAUCUCCAGCAUGGUGUGAUCGCAUACUAUGGCUGGGAAAGGGUAUCAAGCAACUAUCAUAUUGGAGCUCAGGUUUGAACCUCUCAGAUCAUCGACCUGUCAGCUCCACCUUCAUCGUUGAAGUCGAGGUGUUCAAUCAGAGAAAACUCCAACGGCUUCUGAAUUUCACAAAUACUAUUUGCUCUUAAGAAGCUUAAGAUAGUGGUAGUACGUACUCUAGAUAUUAUAUGGCGAUUCCCUGAAUUUCAGGCUAUAGUGCUGAGCCACAUUUGAUUGCUGCAGAUUUAUCAUGCAAGGCAAAUGUACAUACAGCGGGAUCUGAAUAUCUGAUAUUUAUGUUAACGCAUGAUGGGUAAUAUACAUUUACUUCAUGAA